UCUCAUUCUACUUUUCUGCUAGCUAUUUCUUCAGUUUUCAUUAUCUUUAAACCUCUCUGUACACAUACAUGUAUCUUUUAUUUUCUGCAUUAGCAAUAUCGCACAAGAUUUAGCACAUUGUAAUAGUAGUUGUUCGUAAUGUCUACUCCGAGAGAUCAUGUGUAAGAGAUUCGGAGGAGCAAGUUUUGUAUUGGCGGGAAAAUAAACCCAUUGACUGAGGAUCUGCAUCAGGCUGUUAUGAAUCUCUCCGGUGAACUUUACGCUAAAGAUGUUCACUUUCUCAUGGAGCUUAUUCAGAAUGCAGAAGACAACGAGUAUUUGGAAGGAGUGAAGCCUUCGCUUGAGAUUGUAGUAACUUCUCGAGAUAUAACUGCUACAGGGGCUCCAGCUACGUUGUUGAUAUGUAACAAUGAGAAAGGCUUCUAACCCAGAAACAUCGAUUCCAUCUGCAGUGUUGGACGCUCCACUAAGAAGGGAAACCGCAGACGUGGUUAUAUUGGCGAGAAAGGCAUUGGGUUUAAAAGCGUAUUCCUGAUCACAGCUCAGCCUUACAUAUUCAGUAAUGGCUAUCAGAUACGGUUUAACGAAGGACCUUGUCCACACUGUAAUGUUGGAUAUAUAGUUCCUGAGUGGGUUGAGACAAAUCCAACUCUUUCGGUUAUCGAAAGCAUACAUGGAAACGGUACCCCUCUUCCUACCACAACAAUAAUACUGCCUCUAAAACCUGACAAGGUCCAAUCUGUAAUGCAUCAGCUCUCUAACAUUCAUCCUGAGAUUCUGUUGUUUCUUACAAAGAUAAAGCGGCUUUCGGUUAGAGAAGACAAUGAGGAUUCCAAGCUCAACACUGUGAGUGCAAUAUCUAUUUCAAGUGAGACUGAAUUUAUGACAAGGAAGAACAUAGAUGCUGAAUCUUAUCUGCUAAAUCUUUCUGCUGAUCAAGUUGGUAAUGAUGAUUUAGAAAAAGAAUGUGGCUAUCAUAUGUGGAGGCAAAGGUUUCCUGUCAAGAAGGAUCACAAAGUUGAAAGAAGAAUGGAGGUAGAAGAAUGGGUUAUCACUCUAGCGUUCCCACGUGGAAAGCGUCUCCUUAGAGGGAUGCAGUCCCCAGGGAUUUAUGUAUUUUUACCUACGGAGAUGGUGACCAACUUCCCUUUCAUUAUUCAAGCAGAUUUCAUCUUAGCCUCAUCUAGGGAAAAUAUCCUCAUAGGUAACAAAUGGAAUAGAGGAAUCCUUGACUGUGUUUCUUGUGCCUUUAUCAGUGCUUUCACUUCUCUCGUGAAAGAUACAGAAGCUCCCAUUUCAACUCUGCGCCAUAUCUUUGGGUACUUGCCAGUCAAUGAAGGUCCCUGCUUGGAGCUAAAUGCUGUCAGGGAGUCUAUCAGGCAGGAGCUACUAAACCAAAGUAUUGUGCCAUGUGAAUCAUAUUCCGAACAAAUUUUUUUCCAUAAACCAUGUGAAGUUGGUAGGAUAUUGCCAGCCUUUUGGGAUAUACUGGCUAAGGCUAAGGGGAAAGGUGUAGCUUUAAAUAACAUCUCCUCUCAUGGCACUUAUAUAUUGAGUUCUUUAUUUGACAAAGAGGAGUAUGAUCAAAUUCUAAAAUUCAUGGGAGUGGAACUGGUUGCAGAUGAAUGGUAUGCUAAGUGCAUCCAGAGUUCUAAUAUUGUAAUGGAAGUGUCUGAGAAUGUUUAUCUGGAACUUCUCCUUUUUGUUGCUGAGAAUUGGAAAUCUCGUUUUCAUAGCACCUUCAUGAAGAAUACAUUACUUUUGAAGUAUGUAGAUAUUCAUGGUAACGUUUCUCUGACUAGUGUCAGUACAGUUUCUCGAUUUGAUGCUGGAAAGUUGUUUAGGUCUACUUUGCAAAGUCAGGCAUCAUGGUUAAUUAACUGGAGUAGGUUGUUCAAAUCUGCAACAGACCACUUCUUCAUACCAAUUUCAACCCAACAAGCUAUUGAGUUAUUGAGUAAAAAGCAGAUCCUACUUGAUUGGCUGUCAGACCAAGUUAAUGUCAAAGCAGUGAAUGUGUCUGAUUAUGCAUAUAGGCUCACUAAGCUAAUAAAUAAUGAUAGAGAGCUUGCUAUUGCUUACAGUCAUUUUCUUUAUCAGUCUUUCCUACAGAAGUAUGUAUCUGAGCAGAAUGUUAAAGGAAUAUGUAAGAUUAUGCCUCUUCUUGAUAGUUAUGGGCGGAUGAUUGCGCAACAAAGAAAAGUUCUGCUGCCUGCUAAUGGAAGCAAUUGGGUUAAGCUGAUUGGUUCUAAUCUGUGGAGAAACGAGGGUUAUGUCGAGCUCGGGAAAGACUAUCUGCAACCAGCAACAUACAUUGGUAUUACCACAGCUAAGAAUGAGCUGAUUAAUUUCUUAAAAAAAUUUGUUCCAGCUUAUGAUAUACCUUGCAUAUCUCCUCCCAAUGCUGCAAUUGCAACCUUGUCAGCUCCUUUAACGCGAAAUAAUGUGUUUUUGCUACUAAAAUGGAUUCGUCACUUGACCAGGAAUGGGUCUAACAUUCCUCAAAAUGUUUUGUCAUGCAUUAAGGAGGGUAGCUGGCUGAAAGUAUCCAUAAAUGGUAGAACAAGCUAUAGACCACCAUCACAGUCAUUCAUGUUCUCAUCGGAAGCUCCUCUUUUACAGCAAGAUUCAGAAUUUCUUGACAUUCAGGUAGUUGAUAUGCAGUUUUAUGGUCAUGAAAUAGCUAAUUACGAGAAGGAGCUGAAAAUUGCAGGUGUGAUGUUUGAGGUAAAUGAAGCAUGCAGAAUCAAAGGAAAUCAGCUCAUGUCUAUUGCAGCAUCUUCUAAUUUAACAGGAGAUAGUGUACUUUCAAUAUUGAAAUUCAUCAAGUUCUUGAGGGCUAAAUUGAUAUCACCUGCAGAAUUCAUUAAGAGUAUCAAAGGCGGGCAAUGGCUGAGGACUAGCCAAGGUGACAGAUCCCCUGGUGAAUCAGUUUUAUAUAACAAGGAGUGGAAACCUGCUUCUGAAGUUAGUAACAUUCCAUUUAUUGAUGAAUUCUAUUAUGGAACCAACCUCAAUUGUUAUAAAAAAGAACUGGAGCUAAUUGGUGUGAAAGUGAAAUUUAAUGGUAACUACCAACUAGUUGGUGAUAACUUGAAUUCUUCAGCAUGCUCAAGCUCUCUUACACCUGGGGCUCUCUGUUUAAUCCUGGAAUGCCUUCGGCAGUCCAAGUCAACAGACAAAUUUGUUAAUGCUCUCAAGGAUAAGGAAUGCAUCAAAACACAUGCUGGGUUCAAAACUCCAUCUGAAUGCUAUCUGCUUGACUCUGAGCGGGGAUGCCUUUUGCAGGUCUUUAGCUGCUUCCCGCUCAUCGAUGAAAAUUUCUAUGGAAGCAAAAUACUUACGUUCAAAGAUGAACUAGAGAAAAUUGGAGUGGUGGUUGACUUUGGUGAGGCAUCAAAAAAAUAUGAGAGUGUAUUCAGGCAGCAAGCCUCUUUAGAGUUUAUUGGCAAAGUCAACGUUCUUGCAAUUCUGGAAUGUUACAAAAAGCUGAGUACCUCAAAUGCAUUUCCUGCAAAUCUAAAGGAGUGUAUACGUGAGGUGAAAUGGUUGCGUACUCGACUUGGUGAUUACAGAGCUCCAGCUAAUUGCAUUCUUUUUGGCCAAUGUUGGAAGUCUAUCUCAUCAAUAUCUUCGCUUCCUUUUGUUGAUGACAGUGAUAAUAUGUACGGUAUGUCCAUCCAUGAAUAUGAUGAGGAGCUCAGGAGUAUCGGUGUUGUUUCUUCUUUUAAUGAUGGAGCACAUUUUGUUGUGAACGGCCUAAAUUUUCCACAGGAUCUCAGCCGAAUAACUCCUGAAAAUGUGUACUCAUUGCUGGAAUGUGUCCGUAAUUAUAGGCCAAAGAUUGGCAAUGUGGUGGUCCAUGAGCGUUUUCCAUCAACGUUUUUCGAGAAAGUGAGUACACGGUGGCUAAAAUCCUAUACAGGCUACAGGACUCCAAACAAGUGCAUGCUCUUCAGUCCUAAGUGGGCCGCUUAUUUAGAAAGAAGUGAUGGACCUUUCCUUGAUGAAGACUUCUAUGGUUCCACAAUCACUGAAUACACAAAUGAGCUUCGUUCUCUGGGUGUUAUUGUCGAAAUUGAUAAUGGUUGUUCAUUGCUUGCAAAUUACCUUGAUUUCCAUUCUAAUUUCACCGCUGUGAGUCGAAUUUAUAACUUUCUAAUUGAACUUAAGUGGAAGCCUAAUGAUGAGGACAACAAAAAUAUUUGGAUUCCAAGUGGUAGUGAAAAUGGUCACUGGGUAAGCUCUGAAGAUUGUGUUAUUCAGGACAAAAAUGGUCUACUGGGAUCGCGAUUGCAUGUUCUUGAGAGGCACUAUGAAAGUAAGUUGCUUAAUUUUUUCUCAAUUACUUACGGAGUUAAACUAAAUCCAUCCAUUGAUAACUACUGUAAGAUUUGGAAGACAUGGGAAGCUUCUGACCACCAGCUAACACAUAAUGAGUCUUGUGCAUUUUGGGGGUUUGUCGUAAAGAAUUGGAGCUCCAGGACGGCAGAAAUAUUGACUCAACAGCUGUUGAAACUGCCUGUAUAUUCAGGCUCGAAUGCAAUUAUUCUCGUCAAUAAACACGACGUAUUCAUUGCCGAUGACCUGCAGCUAAAGGAUCUUUUUGAAAAGUCUUCUCUCGGCCAGCUAUUUGUUUGGUAUCCCCAACCGAGCAUGAAAUCCCUACCCAGAACGAGGUUGCUUGAAAUUUAUAGUAAAAUAGGUGUUAGAAAUAUCUCUGAAUCUGUGCAGCAAAAACUUUCUGAAGUGGACACAAUUAGCCUGAGGCAGCUGAACCCAAAGGAAUUAUUUAUUGGAAAAGGGUUGUUGAGACUUAUUCUUGGCUUUCUAGCUGACAUUUGGCCCAAUAUGGAAGCAGAUAUCAGGCACAAUGUUGUCAGAGGCCUUCUUGAUGUUACGGUACUAGAGGCAAGGAAGAAAAUAACAAUGUGCCACACUUUGUCACUGUCAUCUGGUAAGAUCCUCACUGUUAAAGCAAAGCAAAUGCUGAGAUGGGAGAGACAGAUUUCAAAGCUUUUCGUGCAGAAAUUGGACAAGCAUGGUGGACAUAAAAACUUUAUGGAGUAUGUGUCUCAAUUUUCUGAAGUAGUGGCUGGGGGGUGGUUAUGGGAGGACGAAGUUCAAAUGCAUCAGCUGGCUGACCUGAUCAGGAUGGGUUUCCUCGUUGAAUUCAAUGAAGAGGCCAUAAUGUAUCUGAUGAAGACAAAAAAUCUGCAGGUGUUUUUGGAGGACGAAGAGUUACUUUCUUCUACCUUUCCAGAUGAUUAGGUUUAUGAUGUUUGUCUCUGGAAAGGAUGUUGAUGGAAUUGUUCAUAGCAAUCAGCAUCUGUGAUCUUUUGGCUGCAAGGUUUGCACAUAGUGAGGCAGACUUGUGUACUAGCAAAUAUAUAUCUCUAAGAAUGAAUCCACAUCUCAGUAGUUGUGAGAUUUGCAACUUUUGCGAUUUUGUUGUCCUGGGUUGGCUUAUUUUUGCUUCAGUCAUUUGAUGAACAACUUUAUCUACUAAACUGUAAUUUUCGCGAAUUAUUCGACCAUCUUGUCAUGCGUGGAACUUUAUGUGA